AUGUCAUGGACAGAGAAGGCGAGUAUAAAAGCCCGGCCAGAUUCUCCCCCAAAUGGUAUCCCACUCCUCCCCAAAUUUCCAUCCAACGCGUGUACUAUGUCUUCACUAUCUUGUCCCGAAACUACCGAGACUGGCGCUGAGAUUGUAUCAGAGUCACAGAUCGCAGAGUCAACCUCUGAGGAGCUAUCCCUCAAAGAGACAGAGCUUAGUGCCCGCAAGGCGCCACGAGCCUGGACGCUACCCAGCCCCACGCACACCAUUAAGACGGCUAAGAACGACGAUAUCCAGAUCCUCCUGCAGGGUCUGAUCGAUCAGUGGAUUGAUCCAGCUGUUACGUGGACGGACAACCACAACAUCGUCAAUAUGACGAUCCAGGACGCCGAAAAGGCGUUUAAGGACCAUAAGAAGACGGGGCCCACUGGCCAGCUGAGGAAGGCUAUCGAAAAGGACAAGAAGCUCUUCCGCAUCGACUUGCAGACGCACUUCGACAUCGAGUUUCAGGAUGGGAAGAACGUCGGCGUGCAGUGGAUAGCGAAUUUACAAGGCCAGUACGGUAAUGAUACGUACUUUCACCUGAACGUCACGGCGAAGGCGCGAAAGGGGGAGGUAAAGUAUGUACAGUGGGGUGCCGCUGGGCUGAAGGAGUGGCUGCAGGAAAGCCUGGACAAUCACAAAAGCGUCACAGUCGUCACGAGCAACCCUGCCAUCCCAAACCCCACAAACAAGGUGAACACGUACACACGGACCACGGGCACUAGGGGGGGUGUCGGGUACAUCAAGUUCGUCAAGGACUAA